AUGGCCAUCAAUGCAUUGCAAGAGCAAUCCAGUCACCUGGAAAGAGCAGCCAUUGCUGUGUUGCAAGCAACUAGUGGAAAUUUCGAGGUGACUGGCGGCUGGGAUGAGCCAGGCGCAGCAGCAGCCAGCAGUUCCCAAUGUUGCUUGUCAGUUGAAGGUUGCCAGGCAGCGGUUAGAGAGAAGAUCGCGUCGAAGCGUUGCGCAAAUAGAAUCGACGCGGCAGUCGUCGAAUCGGGUCGAAUCAUGGCUACCACUGACACCACCGCCGAUCCGCACUGCGCUGAAAGCGCCGACGCGGGCGGCGCAGUUGACGACGCGACGAAGGGCGGCGCGGGCGAGAUCGCGUACCACGCGUACCGAUCGGAGGAGGCAGAUCUGGCGGCGGUGAUGCGGCUGGUGCAGUGCGAGCUGUCGGAGCCCUACUCCGUCUUCACCUACCGCUACUUCCUCCACCACUGGCCGCACCUCACCUUCCUCGCGCGCGCCCCGCGCUCCGCCAGCGAAGAUGCCGCUGAGGCGGCGGAGGGCGAGGCGGAGGGGCGGUGCGUGGGCGCGGUGGUGUGCAAGAUGGAGGCGGAGCGCGCCGUGCCUCGCGGGUACAUCGCGAUGCUCGUCGUCGCCAAGGAGUUCCGCGGGCGACGCAUCGCGACGAGCCUCGUGUCGCGGUGCAUCGAGGCGAUGCGCGACGCGGGGUGCGCGGAGGUGGUGCUUGAAGCAGAGGUGACUAACGAGGGCGCACUGGCGCUGUACGGGAAUCUAGGGUUCAUACGCGCUAAGCUGCUGCACCGGUAUUAUCUGAACGGCUCGGAUGCGUUCAGGCUGAAGCUGCUGCUGCCAUCUGCUGGCGAUGCGGUGGAGGAGGAGGAGGAGCAGGCGGCUGUGGCGGCCGCCAUGGGCGCUGGUGCGGAGCAGCAGCCCAAGGCACCAGCGACGCCAGAGUCCCAUGCGCAUGCGCCCACCCCCUCCUCUGCCUCUGAACCCACCAGUGCUGCCGCCAGUGCUGGCAGCAGCGGCAGCACAGAGGGGCGCAAGGCGGGGGCCAAGGGGCCGACAGGGCGACGCAAGGGAAAGGGAGGCAAGGGGAGAUGA